AUGCGGCCAGUCAGUGCGCAGCGCGGCUGCAGAGUGGUCGCACCAGGAGCCCAGCAGACAUCACCCGCCAUGCCGAGCCGGGGCCUCCUGCUGCUGCUGGCCGUGUGCUGCGCCGCCGCCGACCCCGACAAGACCAAGAGGCAGAUCUUCCGGGAGUACGUGAACCCGCACAGCGGCGGCAAGAUCCCGGAGGGGGCGUUCCGCGCCGACCGCCUGGCGCUCAACAAGCUCAACAAGGACGGCAUCUCCAUCCCGGACGGCGUGUUGCUGGAGACCCGGCCCCACGACAAGCACCCGCACGCCGAGAGGAACCACGACCUGCGCAAGGCCGUCAUCAAGGUGGUGCUGACCCCUGAGGGCAGGUACGUGCCGCCGGAGGGCCGCUACCACCACGCCAGCCCGCCCACCGUCGACUCAACCUAUGUCAUCCGGCCGCCAAUAGGCGCCUACAAGCACGAGCUGCGGCGCCCACACCGCCCCCUGCCCGCCAACCUGGAGCUGCCCACCCGCAUGGAGCCGCCGCAGCCAAUCAACAACGAGCUGGGCUUCCUCCUGGGGCUGGGCAGCGGCCACCUGCUGCUACCGCACAGCGCGCACACCUUCUUCUCCGACCACCUGUACCCGUACUACUCGCCCCAGCCCUUGUCGGAGCUGGACGCGCUGCUGCGCCGCCUCCAGGAGCAGGGGCGGGCGAGGGCCGCCCCCAGGUCCUCGGCGGCCGCCCUGCGCCUCCCGGGGGUCGAGGGGCUGGACCACGCGGCGCUGGCCGGUCCGCCGAGCUCCUUCAGCUGCCGCGGCCGGGGGCGCGCCCCCGGGAUGUUCGCGGACCGCGAGACCCGCUGCCAGGUGUUCCACUCGUGCCAGAGCGACGGCAGGCACGACUCCUUCAUCUGCCCCAAGGGCACGGCGUUCAGCGAGGCGCUCAACAACUGCGACUGGUGGUACAACGUCCAGUGCGGGUGA